AUGGAUCCUGAAAUUAAGCCAUAUCAGAGAAAUGGAUUAGUAGCCCAAAGGCUUACCCUGGAAGUCGAUGACUGUACGAAGAAUCUUAGAAAUAAUGAGGGACUUGCUAGAAAAAGACUAGAAGGAUUAGAGCGAAAGUUAGAUAAGGAUCCACAACUUAAGGAACAAUAUUUUGAUGUGUUUACUGGUUACGAAGAUGAGGGAAUAAUUGAGGAAGUCCCUUCAAAUGAGAUUGUAAGUUCUCAGCCCAUUUAUUAUAUGCCUCAUCGUCCAGUUGUUAAAGAAAGCAGUACUUCAACUAAGAUUAAACCAGUUUUUGAUGCUUCUGCAGCUAGUUACAAUGGCGUUUCUUUAAAUGAUUGUCUUGAGUCUGGUCCUUCACUUAAUCCUGAUCUUGUGAAAGUUUUGAUUCGUUUCAGAAGGUGGAAAGUUGCACUGACUGCUGAUAUUACCAAGGCUUUCUUACAGAUCUGUGUUCAGCAAAAGGACCGAGAUGUUCAUCGCUUUCUUUUUAAAUGCAAAGACUCCAUUAGAAUUAUGAGGUUUGUGCGUGUCCCCUUUGGCAACAUAUGUAGCCAUUUUUUGCUAAAUGCAACUAUCAAAUAUCACUUACAGUCUUUUCCUAAUACUGAAGUCAUAGAAGAAUUAAAGGAAAACCUUUAUGUGGAUGAUUGGCUGUCAGGGGCAGACAGUGCUGAAGAGGUUUCUGAUAAGUUUAAAGAAGCUCAGAGAAUUUUGGCAUUAGCAGGGUUUCCUCUUUCUAAAUGGUAUUUUGGGGACUUUGAUUUAGAUACAGAGACGCAGUUGGUGUCAACAAAAAGAGCAGUUCUGAGUCUCAUAGCCAAGCUUUUUGACCCACUUGGUUUGAUUAGUCCCUUUGUCAUGUAUGCUAAAAUCCUCUUUCAAGACAUAUGGAGACUUGGGCUUGAUUGGGAUGAAGUACUACCUAAAGAGUUGCAAAAUAAGUUCCAGAAUUGGGUUAAGAGUAUUGCUGCUCUUAAAUACUGGAAGAUAAAUCGCUGCUAUUUCCCAGAAAUUUCAUGGAGUAAGUUGUCGGGUCUGGAACUUCAUGCUUUUGGUGAUGCUUCAGAGAAGGGGUAUGGAGCUUCUGUGUACUUAAGAGAUCCCCUUGGGGGUGGGACAUACCAGGUGUCAUUUGUAGUAGCAAGGUCUAGGGUAGCUCCAAUAAAAAGGGUUACUUUACCCCGACUAGAGUUGCUUGGUGCUUUACUUUGUGCUCGGCUCUUAGAUUUUGUGAUGUCUGCCCUAUAUCUCGAUAAGACUGUAACUAUUGUUGUUGGACUGACUCAAAGGUUGCACUUGCAUGGAUAA